AACAUUUGACCACCAGCAUCAAAAUGGAAAGUAAAUUUUAAGAUAGAAAGAGUACUAAUUACUAAAUACUCCGUAUAGUUCGAAUUUUGGAAGCUAGAGAUUUUUGGAGAGAAACAAGAAGCUGCCUAUUUCCAACUUUUUUGAUCAAUUAUUAGAAGCUGUCAAUAAUUUAUUAAUUGCUAAUCGAUCAGUUCCUACACGGCACAGUAUGUAUAUAUAUUUCCCCAUCAACAGCUCCUUAUUCAUCUUUCAUUCCCAUAUCUGAGCAAAGGCGAAAUCAAGUUUUCUCCACUUUCGAGGUGAGCCCCCCCUUGUUAAUUAAUUUGAUUAUCAAUCCAAACUCAUAUAUAGGAUGUAUAUAAACAAUAAUGCAUGUGUUUUAUGUGAAGAAAUAAGUGCUCAUUAGAAUUUAUUUGUGCCUAUGCCAAUUCUAGUCCAGAAGUAAAUACACACACACACACACAGUUGGUUUUAUCUAGUGUUGGAUUCUACUGGGAUGUGGUUGUUGUUGUUUUUAUAAAUAAAGGAUUUUGAGUUUGGGAUGUCCCAAGUACCCGACCGGGGAUGUUUCGGGUUUUUUUUAUUUCGGGAUGUCCCAAAUACCCGACAGGCGGCGGUUUGAGACUUUCCUAAAUUGAACAACUAACCCAGAACAAAAAGAUAACCUUAGUUAAGAGAACCCUUGCUCAUAUAGAAGGAAGCAAAUUAUUAGAUGAUCAAAUUACCUGAUGCUAAAUUUCAGGCCAUGGACUGAUGAAACUGAAAAGGGAGAUGCUUUUGUGAUCUGCUUAAUCUGCAAUUAAAUGAUGUAAUAAGAUCAAGAAAUACUAUUAUUAUAUUUGGCUUCUCUUUUGUUACCUGACCAAAGACAAGAUAUGUGUACUUGUAUAGUGUUCUAGCACUAUAUAUAAUAUAUUGUGACUUGAACUUCAAUAUCCUGCACAUAUAUAUGUACUAUAAAAAACUUAGGGUAUGUUUUCUUGUUUUAUCUAAAUAAACUCACAACAAGCAAACUAAGCACUUCAGCCAAUUCACUAUAUGAAAACAGAUCCAAACUUACUCUUUAGCAUCAGACAUGUAUCCACCCUCCGUUUAACUCCUCUUUCAGCCAUCCUAUCAAACAUCUCGUGCAGGGCAUAUUCUGAAUUUUAUUUGCAUUCUUUCAAUUCAAUGCAGGUGCAGGUGACAAGGUAGAAACAUGAGAAAGCUCGUCUUCCACCACCACCACCGCGCAAUCAGUAUCCAUGGAUUGUAUAUUUCUAUGAAAAACAAUACAAAGGGCAGAUCUUUUACGACGUGGAAACAGGAAAAUGGGAGAAAAGGAGGAUACCAAACAUGUCAAACUCGCAAAUCUACACCAGCAGCUCUCAUGGCUGGUUAGUCAUGUUGGAUUUGCACCCCAAAUCAAGCAAGUGUUGUUUUUUGCUAAACCCUGUCUCCAUGGAGAAGAUCAAGCUCCCUCCGUUGCCGAAACCCUUGAUUAGUGAUGUUGGAUUUUCACCCAAGUAUCAUUGCAUCCUAACCGCGCCUCCCGGCGACCCCAAGUGUGUAGUCGUGUUCUUCCAAAGUUUUGGCGAACACGCCAUGUGGUGUCGCCUAGGGGGCACAAAAGAGCCACAGUGGAGGGAACAAGAGUUUGAUCGCCCUCGGCCAUUUACUUACUCUGUCCUUUGCGGGACCAAGAUUUAUUGCCUUGACCGAAAGCAUAAAAAACUCAUGGAGAUGAGUUUUGAUGAAGACGGGCGAAUGGAAGCGAGGCCAUUGUCGUUACCAGGAAAAAAGAGAAUUGGAAAGGUCCCUUAUCCUUAUCCUCUGCUCGUGAGAAAUAUGUGGUUCGGGACACACUACUUGGUUGAAUCUCAAAGCCACCUCUACCUGGUCAUUCUUUUCCAUGGCAUGGAGGACGAAAACAAAAUCAUUGACAUUUGGGUGUUCAAAUUGGAUUUUCAGAGCUUGAAAUGGACAAGAGUGAAUGAUUUGGGUGGCCACCGCGUGUUUUUCAUCAGUAGUGUGAAUUCUUUCUCGUGUAGCACCGUUAAUAAUGGAGGAUCCUCAUCAUCAUCAUCACCGUCAUCAGCCAUAGCCAUAGCCACGACGAAUGCUAAUGGCGAUGAGUGUGUUAAAGAGAACACAAUUUACAUCAUUCUUCCAUCUGAAGUUGGAAUGACGGCUUUGUGCGUGUACGAUAUGGAAGAGAAGACCAUCACCACUCGUUUGGUUUGUCCCAAUGUUAUUCCAAACAUCACCCGUGGGUAUUGGGUAAUGCCCAUGGCCAGUUAACUAUUCACUUGUUAAAUUUAUUCAUUACUCUUUUUUUAAUAGUGGAAAUGACAUCCAGAUUCAAAAAAGAGUAAUUACUCCCUGUUGUUUAUUUUGCAAUUAAUUCUUUAUAAUCUGCACAAGUUUCUGAUCGAUAAAUAAAUAGAAUAUCAAUGCAAAGUAGAAGCAAUCCUCUUACCACAUUGAUUUAUAAAAUGGUAAAGUCCAGAAAUGAUGAAUUCCUGCGAUU